AUGUCGGCCGUCGCUCCGUCGGCCCUCAGCGCUCAGGGUCACAGUGCCCGUCAGUCAGCGCGCCAGACGAGAACGAACCCCUCGCGCACAUCCAAGACUCUUGGACGCUCAUCUUUUGCCUACGGCCAUGGGAUAAUGGAAGACCCGGCAUCGUCGCCUGUGCCCCAUGGAUUCUAUCCUGCUCUCACCCAUUUCACGGACGCUAUAACCGCCCUCCCACGGGAAUUUCGACGUCACAACUCGUUGCUCAAGGAGGUUGACGCUAAGGCGUGGGCGCUUGAAGAUAAUCUACUACAGCUUCUGAAGGAUUCGUCUGAGACGCCGGCAACUCCUUAUCCUGCUAACCCUGCGCCUGUUAUCGGAGGAGUUGUUCGAGAUGACCUCCAGCCCACGGAUGCUUCACGCGAACCCGAAUCUCCUGAAAGCAAGAACCGCCGCGUCCUUUUCGAUCAUGUCCGACAUACCCUCUCCGAUCUCAUGAUGACAGCUGAUGAGAAAAACCAUGUGAUCUCCAACGCGAACGAUGAACUCGACCGCCAGAUCAUGCGUUUAGAUUCUAUAUUCCCGUUCAUUGCGGGUGAGAUUAGCGAUGAAGCUCGCCUUGGGAGUCUUAGUCACUGGGCUUACUCGAAUCGGAAUGGCCCCAAGACCACCUCCAACGAGCGUCCUCGACGAGAGGUUGCGUCGAAUAAAGAUCUUGUGCAUGCUCUUCAGGAAGCUGAAGCUGCAUCACGCAGUGAGGCGAGACGUGAGGCAGUGCUGGCGCGCAGACAGCGUCGGGCGCACGCGGACUCAGACAUGGAUGACAUUCGUGCUGCUGGGUCUCGGAAGGGACAGAGCAGCAAGAGUCGUCUCGCUGGGGGUGACCACACCUCUGCAGGUCACCACCAAUCUGGUGCGACUGGCUCAUCAGGCCAGGCCAAACGUCGCAAGGUCGAACGGCCUGUUGCUGUGGAGGCUGGCGCUGCUAUGGAACGGUCUGCUAGCGGUGUCGGGGCCUCUGGGCGGGCGGUAUCGAAAGAUGUUGCUGAUGCGACCAAAAAGCGCUCACGAGCACCUAAUUCUAAUGCAACUUCUCGCAAAAGAAACAACACUGGGACCAACGCCGCCGACUCUCCCGUUAUUCCUCCUUCUCCGAUUAUCGGUGCUGCUGCGGCUGCUGCGACUAUUCCACGCAGCGCAGCUAGCCCUGGACCUGGCUCGUCGCGACCACAGUCCUCAAGGGCACAGCAAAACUCAGCGCAGCCAAAUUCUCGACAAAGACCGUCAUCUUCUGCGUCUAACCGUAUACCUAACUCCGGCAAAACCUCCGAACCAAAACUACCAUCGAAAGAGACACCUUCCAGGACAGAAAUGGUUCCUCUUCCAGAUACCUUCCGGCAUAUGCCUGAACCCACCGAUAUUUCCAAGUCUUUAGCACCACCCGGAAACCAACGAGAGGAUAUGGAUACCAAACCUGCCGAGUCAAUCGAGUCCGCAGAAAUCUCGGCACCCGCCUCAAACAAUGCUGCUAAAGGAAGGGUAUCCAAACCUGCAACUCCCGUGCUUGCUUCCGCAGAGCCGAUACAGCCGCGCACGCGACCAACGCGAGGUACAGACCCGGCGCCGAAGCGUACUCACAAGAAGAACGGCAGUACCGCGGCCGCGGCGCCACCGCCACCUGUAUCAGACCCCGAGGAAUCACUCCACGAAGGUGAUGACGAGGACGAAGAAGGCGAGCCGCGAUACUGCUACUGUAACGAGAUCAGUUUCGGCGAGAUGGUUGCGUGUGACAAUGACGCAUGUCCCCGCGAAUGGUUCCAUCUAUCCUGUGUUGGGCUCACGAAGCCUCCUGGACGAAAUGUUAAAUGGUACUGUAAUGAGUGCAAGGAGAAUAUGCGGCGAAGUCGCAAUGGACGGUAG